CUCUCAGGUUCCUGUCUGGCGACCCGUCGCCAUUAGUGCAAGCUCGUUCUGAAGGAUAUAUUUUUUUGGCUAAAAUCUCGGAAUUUUUAGGUUUUCCAGCUUUUGGAAAACAUUUAUCGCCUUGUUAAGGGCAUAUUGUUUUCCUUAGCGAGUAAAAAUCCUAAAUUCGGGGGGUCUUGGCCCCGCGUGACGAUUUUUCGUCCUCACUUCCAACUGCUCCGAUAACUUGAGACGCCGAAACCGUGUCUCUUAUUUUUUUCUCGGGUUUGUUUUAUGGUCAAGAUGUCGCCGUGAUGGGGUCUCCGCGUUUGACAGAAAUGAAUCAGGGCCUUCGUCGCCUGACCCGCACUCACUGCAGCCCGCUUUCCUUCUCCGUUUUUCCGUUUUAUGCUAGAGAGCUCGGCGGCUCUCUGCCCGGAGCUCGGCCUCAACACCGCUCACUGCACGGAGACAAACAUGGAGAAAAACCCCAACAGCAGCAGCAGCACCAAGGUUCCGCCCCGUUCCAGCUCCACAGGCCCGGCACCGGGCGAAUCUAAACCCAAAACAGAAGGUAAAAAUAAUGGAGGCUCCAAGCGUUACAGCCGCAAGCGUGAGCCCUCCUUUCCUAAAGCCGACAGUUUCCCCGGCCCUCGCCGCACCAAUUCACAGAAAAGCAAGAAUUUUGACAAGAGACCCCCUCAGAGAGGUGGAGGACGACAGUAUGGAGUUACAGGUGGAGGACGACGUGAGGAGGUAGCAGAGACGCGCCGGGCCGAGUUCAGCCCGGCUCAGUUGGCAGGACCGAAAAAAAUAAGCCUGAACCACCUGCUGAACUUCACUUUUGAACCCCGUGGAGGUAACAGUGGCGUCGGAGACGGAGGCCACUCCUGUUGGGGCCGUCGAAACAAAUGGGGCCACAAGCACAAGCCCUUCAACAAGGAGCUUUUUUUGCAGGCCAAUUGUCAGUUUGUGGUGACUGAUGACCAGGAUUACAAGGCUCACUUCACUGAUCCAGACACUCUGGUCAACUGGGACUGUGUGCAACAAGUGCGCAUCUAUAGCCACGAGGUGCCAUCGUGCCCCAUCUGCCUGUACCCUCCUGUGGCAGCCCGCAUCACCCGGUGUGGACACAUCUUCUGCUGGCCGUGCAUGCUGCACUACCUGUCUCUUAGUGACAAGAGCUGGUCCAAGUGCCCCAUCUGCUAUGAGGCAGUGCACACAGCUGACCUGAAGAGUGUGGUUGCUAUGGAAACCAGACAGUAUGUGGCUGGUGACAAGAUCACCAUGCGCUUGAUGCGAAGAGAGAAGGGGGCUCUGGUGGCCCUGCCUAGCUCUCAGUGGGUGAAGGUGGAGGAGCCUGUUCGUUUUGGAGAUGCAUGUUUGAGUCCAUAUUCCAAGCUGCUGCUGACCUCCCCGGCACAGGUCCUGAACCUGGUGGCAGAGGAGAAGGGAAUUCUUCAGGCUCAGCUUAGCCAGGAAGAGGACGCUCAAGGGUGCUUUAUCCAGAGCGCCCUUUGUCUUUUACAGGAGCAAGAGGAAAAGCUUCUGGAGCAGCAGAAGGAGAAUGCAGACAGCCUCGACUUGUCCUCUUUGACUAUGAAAGAACCUUCUUCUCCUGUGGAAGAAGGGGUGACUAACAUCAGCAGUGCCAAGCCCGUGCUGCAGUAUGCCUCAGCAUUUGAUGACGAGGUGGCAGAGUUUCCGGAAGAUGCUGAUGCAGAGCUGCCAGGCUUUCCCGAAGCCAUUCUAGAGAGUGUGCUGGAGGAGCCUCCUGCAGCUACAGGGGAUUCCACCUCAGAGCUCCAGCUUGAAGAGGAGAGCCCGGCCAUCCAGGCAGAGUCAGGCCGGCCCUCAGCCAGUGUGGUGCCCGGACCUUAUUACUAUUUCUACCAAGCUGACGACUGCCAGCAGAUGUUCCUGCAUCCCGUGAACGUGCGCUGCCUGUUACGUGAAUACGGCAGCUUGGAGGCCAGUCCUGAAUCCAUCACCGCCACAGUGGUGGAGAUAGUGGGGCAGACAGUCACAGAGGAGAUCCGCCGCCGGCAUCGCUAUCUGGCUCAUCUGCCACUCACGUGCGAGUUCAGCAUCUGUGAGCUAGCACUGCAACCACCAGUCCUGUCCCAGGAAACUCUGGACAUGUUUGCAGAUGACUUGGAGAAAAGAAAACGCCUGAGGCAGAAGAAGGCGAGAGAUGAGAAACGCAGAGAGAAGCGAAUUGAGAUUGAGGAGAACAAGAAGCAGGGUAAAUAUCCUGAGGUGCAUAUUGGACUGGAGAACCUUCAGCAUUUCCCAGCAUUCGGCUCUCCACCUCAAAACAGCAGCCCCCCGAUCCAACCUGACUUCACCUUUGCGCCUCCUUCGCCCCUCAGCAGCAGCCCUUCCUCUGAUGGAAUGAAAUUCCCAAGUCUGAAUACACCGUCACCUGUCGUGGGUAGUGUGGAGGAUGAGUCCCACUGCAUGUCCUUUGCACAGAUGCUAAGAGAUGGGAAAGCAAGAGCUGAUGCUGGGCCCAGGAUCACUCCAAAGAAAGAUAAGCUGCUCGCUCCCCCAGCAGCGGACAGCGAUGGCGAGAGCGACGGCUCAGACCGUGUCCCAGUGCCCAACUUUCAGAACUCCUUCAGUCAGGCUUUAGGGAAGGCACUUAUGCAGUUGGACAGUGGUCCAGUUUCUUCUCCACAACCUGUGGUUGAACCAGAUGAAAAAGGAGGCAAAAAGAAGAAGAAAAAGCAGAAGCUUCUGUUCAGCACAUCCAUGGUUCACACAAAGUAGACAACACUGAAGUUCAUUUAAUCAUAUUGUUUCUCCCCCACUGCUUGUGUUUUCAGUUUCAUGCAGAUCUUUCUGGAACUAUAAGCUAUGGAAAAGGAUUUGAGUUCAUGCUGCUUCAAACAUUGUUCCACUGGCUUCAUCCCCUGUUCGAGCUGUUUGUUUCCAUCAGUUUAACUUGCAUACAUUUCUGUUGUACAACAAGGCCAAAGCUUUGCACCAUCAUGCUCGUGUCACAAUGAAAGCCUUAUGAGUCAAUUUUAGUUAACAUUCUAAGUAUUACACAUGCUUCAGGCUUAUGUAAUUUCCAUGUACUUGAGUGCAUUACGGGGUCUAUUGUAGGAAACUGCCCCAUAGUGUUGCGUCUUGGGCCCUGUUCAUGGCAUUAACAUGUGUUUUUUGGUGAUCCAAUCACAAGUUGGCUGCCUGAGUAUGUGUGUUCACACAUGCGGUGCUAAGAGUGCAACGUGUACCCAAGAUGUAUGUGCAAGCCAUUAGACCCAUUAGUAAUAUAGACAGGGUAAUUUGAGGGUGCUUUAUACUAGAAUAGCAGUCAGCCAGCUGCAGGUACGUUACACCUUUAAAACUUUCCAGGAUACUCAGCACCUACACAUUAUCAGUCUGGAACUUAAUACAGAAGGCAGCAAGUGAGUAAAUCUUUCAGUGUUUAUCACAGGUCAGUCUUGGGCUAGCUCUUCAUAUGUAUAGAUUUGUUGGAUUGCCAGAGUCAAAGCCCUAGUAUUUGGUAAUUCCAACAUUAUGCCUACACAUUAAGUUCUAAUGUCAGGAAGUGAAAACACAGUAUUGUGUAAAAGAUAUUAGUUCUGUAGGUUAAACAGGACUCUUGAUAUAUUCUGCCUGGAUAAACAUGAAUAGCACUUGUCAUUCAGUUUCUUCUUAAUUUCAUCUUCUGUUGUAGAAUGUUUACUCACUUUUAACAUUAUUUCCCCAACUUUUAUUUCAGUGUUGGAAAUGUGUGAAGUUAGAGAAUUACUGGCUUAAUGAGUGCUGGUGAAAUGAGAACAAGUGGAUUUGAUUUUUUUUUUUUUUUUUUCCCCCGAGGGUUCUUUAAUUCACCUUUAAUUUUGUGCAAGUUUAUAGACUGGUAAGCAUAACUAGUCUGUUGCAAAUAAUAAUAAAAAAAGAUGCACAAUCAAAGAA